AUGGGUAACGUUCUUACCACGGCUGCCAAGGUUGCUAUUACGAUUACGCUUGGUAAUCCAAUUGGUGCAGCCAUAGCAGGCCCGAUUCUUGCAAUGUUUGGAUUUGGUGGUAUAGGCAUUGGCGGUGGCUCUCUGGCGGCACUUUGGCAGAGCAGCAUUGGAAACGUUGCCGCAGGAAGUAUUUUCGCAGCUCUGCAAGCUGCCGGGAUGGCUAGAUAG